UUGUUCAAAGUAGUCUGCUGUACUGGCAAUGAAAUUGCAAAAUAUCGUGAGUUUUUUUGAAUGGUUUUUGAAUUAUCAAAUAAUUUUCCACAUUUUUCAGAUGUAACUUUGGCGCAAAUAUUGGUGAUUUUUGCUUCAAAAGCAUCCAAAAUCCAUGAGUUCAACUCUUCCAAAUUUUCACCAAUUUCGCGCGAAAUCCAGGAAAUGUCAUCAGGUUAGUCAGGUUUUCAAACGAAUUUAGAAAAUAUUCUCGAAAAACCAAGAAUUUUUGAAAAUUGAAUGAAUUGUUCAAAUUUUCAGGUGUGAAUAAUUCAUGUAUGUGUCAGACACUUCCUGUAUUUGUUAUAAUGGUUCAAAACCGCCGAAACAUUCCCAACUUCUCAAAUAUUGAAAUGCCGUGCUGGCUCAAAACAAGGAUGGACGAUGAAGCUUUUUUGUAGUCGGAAAUCUGAUUUCGAACCAGCCAAAUUGAAUGUGAGUUUAUUUUUUAUUCAUUUCUUUUUUUGUUGUUGAAAAAAAAACAAGAUAACAUUUUUCAGGAUUUAUGCAGUAGUUCAAUUAAUGUGCUUUCAAAUUUGGUGGAACCAAUCAAGAGAAAGGAACUGUGAAGUUCUAAAAUAUCUACACAUUAUGAUGUUUAAGCUGGAAAAAUCGGGCGAUUUGAAAGAUCGAAAAGCGACCUGUGAAUGUGAGUUUUUUGGUCGAACCUUUUAAGUUUUUUCGAAUAAGUUUUUUCACAAAAAUAUUGUUUUCAGAUUUCCUGUAACUUUCCAUCAUGUUUUUUUCUUCAUAACCAACAAGUUUUUAUUUUCUUUCUACACGUAAGUUUGAAAACGAUUCUUUCUUUUCCUUUCAAAAAUCGAUAUUUUUCAGAAGAAGUACUGCUACCACACAAAAUAUCAUCAUCUUCAUCAAAAAAACGCAGUCAUGUACGUUUUUUUUCUAUGUUUUAAUUUUUUUUUCAUUUUUCUUGUCACACCUUCCCCUUUUCUUUUGAAGCUGAAAAUCUGGUAGAAAAUCGAAUGCAAAAAAAAGAUUCCAAUCCCCAGAAUUUCAAUUGAUUUCCAUUUCGAAUUUAUCGGGGAAAAUUUUCUAGGAUUUUUUGAGGUUAAAAAAUGGGCAUCUUCACUCUUGUUGGGAAUUCGAAGGGUCUAGUUGGAAGCUGGCAGAAUUGAUGGGUUUCUCUGAAUUUCUGGGUAUUUUUCGGGGAAUUUUAUGGGAAUUGGGGAAGUGGGGAGUCUUGUAAGCGGCGGGAGAGUUUUUAGAGAAUAGGGGAAUAGGGUUUGAGUAAGGAGGAAGUUGAUUUUUUGGGAGGAUCUAGGAAUAAGAUUUGGUGACUUUAGUAAGGUAAGUUUAGGUAAGUUUGUGAGGAAGGUAAGUUUGAGUUUGGGUUGAAAAAAGUUUGGUGAAUUUUAGAUGAGAUUAAUAAAUCUAGGAAACUUAUUUUUCAAAAAAAAUCAUUUGAAAAACUUGCUCCAAUUUGUCCUUGUCCUCUUCGUCCCGUGUUCUUGACUUUGUCUUUGUCCCGUCUUGUUUUUCUUUUGUCCCGCGUCUUCUUGUUUUGUUUUUCAGGUAACCGGUAGGUUUUGCACCUUUGUUGCACCCACGUCCCUUCUUGGAGCAGGUUUUAUUUUGAUUUUUCAUUGAAAAAUAGUUUUGAGAUUUUUUCGAGAGUUUUUAAAUUAAAUUUUUGAAAAUUUGAAUUUUCUACCCGAACAAUUAGGUUUUCAGGCUUUUCAGGUGAUUAGUUCACAAAUCUGAAAACUAGAUUCUCACAAGAAAUCUUCCAAUACCCCUCAAGGUCUUUUUCCAGAUUUUCUAUUAAUUUCAUCAAAACUUAUAGGAUUUCUCACAACCUGGUUUCUGUAAUUUUCUUUGUUAAAUAUUCAGAAGUUUGGUUUAAUUCACCAAUUUCUGCUAGUUGAUGACGAAACUUUUCGGAUUCUCAAAACUAGUGGGGAUCCCAUAAAACUUUUAAAAAUUCUAGGACGUUUUUCCAAAUAUUUUCGAAAUGGAAAUCAGGCGAAACUGGGGGUUUUUUAGUAUUUUAUAUUCGAAUUUUCUAUCAGUAUUUUCAGCCCCUCCCCUCACAUUCUUGUAUUUUCGUUCGCUUUAUUUUCGUUUAAUUUUUAUUAAACUUAUAAUAGAAAGCUUGAUUUGUUGUUUUUUAUUCAAAAGUUUGAUACUUUUCAAAAUAUCUCAUUUAUUUUUUUUUAAUUCAUAGAUUUCAGAGUUUUUUCUUCAUUCGAUGAAUUUUCAAAGGUAAAAUAUGUGUUUUAUGUUCACUGCACCAUUUUGUGUUUUCAAUUGGAUUUCAAGGAUUUUCAAAGGUAAUAAAUGUGUUUCAUGUUCACCAUACAAUUUAUGUUCUCAACAAAUUUCGACACCGAGAUCACAUUUUUCUGCACUAGAUAAGUGUUCUCAGUAUCGAUUGUAGUCUAGCCGCAGAAUGGAUUCAAACAUGUUGCAAUUUGCUGGAUUUGGUGGAAAAUAUUGAGUGCAGGUUGAGAAGUCAGGUGAGAAUUUUGAUAACAUAGUUCUAUAGAUUUACCAUCUUCUAAUUAGAAAAAAAUAAUCUUAGAGAUUCCCAAAAAUUGGAAUCUCUCUUUUGAUUAAAAUGAAACAUUUCAAAGUUAGUUUUACCUUUCUUAUAUUUUAAUAGACCAUUAUUUUAUAGAACUUCGCGGGAAUUUGAAGCAAUCAAGAAUCUUCAACGAAUCGAUAAAUUCAAUAGGAUUCCGGAGGCUGUUGUUGAUAUGCAGAAUCGAAGUCAUGGUAAGCGCUUUUUUAUGAUUUUCCGUGAAUUGAAUAUUUACAAGAGAAUUUCUGGAAUUGAAAUUUGAAACUGAUAAAAAUUGUUUUUCUUGAUUUUUCCGAAAAUCUUGAAAAAUGGUUGAUUUUAUUAGUUCCAAAUUGGAAUUUCAGUGGAGAUGCGGAAGCUAUGCCCAAAUUUUGAAUUUUAUUCAAACACUUAGAAUUUUGAAAUAUCAUACUUAAUCGAAGAUUGGGUACUUGAAUGUUUUCUUUUUUAUUACAUGCCCCCACAGUCAUUAAUAAUUUCAUGCACCCACUCACCAUGGAAGAUGCCCCUACCCAUUAUCAAGCAUAAAGUAUAUUAGCAACAUAUGUACUGUAGUUUAGCAACCCAGGUAUUGUAGAUUAGCAACCCGACCACUGUAGUUUAGCAACCCAGGUACUGUAGAUUAGAAACCGACUUACUGUAAAUCAGCGACCCGAAUACUUUGAAUUAGCAACCAAGGUACUGUAAAUUAGCAACCCGAAUACUGUAGAUUAGCGACCGGGAUAACUUAAGUAAGUGGGUUGUUGAUCUACAGUACCUGGGUUUCUAAUCUACAGUACCUGGGUUAAUAUUUUUCGAAUUCAAUUUUUUGGGCUUGACCUAAAAAAAUAAAAUCGUGACAUUUAAUAAUUUGUUGGCACGUUUACGUGAAAAUUCGAAAAACUGGUUGGAUUUCGAGUGAUGUGAGUUUCAUUGGAAAAACUGAGUCAGAAUUAGUGUAGAUCAUUCACAAAUAAUGUAAAUGACUUCUGAAUAUUGUGAAUUAAACAUCCGGAAAAAGUAAAAAACUCAUGCGAAAAAUAAUUGACCAAAACCAACGGAAUCCACUUUUCAAAAGUUUUUAGUGAAUUUUGAAAAAGUUUAUGAAAUUAGGAAAAGGGUUCCGCAGUAUUUUUAUUAGCACAAACCUCAGAAGCUACAAAACACUAAUUUGUCAUCAUUUCUGACUGAAAAACUAAAAAAAAAUUUUUUUGACCUACUCGAAAUUUUUUGAUCAUUGAUUUUUCGGGGAAAAAAACAUUUUACAAGAAACAAACGAUAAUUUCGCGAAAAAGACAUCAAUAUUUUGCGAAUUUUAAUCUCAACAUCCCUGUGGCUUCCCUUGUCAGAAAAAAUUAAAUUUUCAAUUUUUUAGCAUCGGUUCGAAUUUGGCAAAGAGUUGGCCUGUCGAAGAAUUUUUGGAGUUUCAAGAAGAUAAGUUUAAUUUUGGGGAGUAAUCUCAUUUUAUUGCACUUUUCGAGUAAAAAUAGAAAUUUCAAAACCAACCCUCGAAAUAUGAAGUGGUAAAUGUGCGUUACUUUCUGAGCAAGUACGUUUACCAGUUGUUGAAACCCGCAACUAUUCAAAUUUGAUAAUUUGAGUAGGGAUUUGUCAAAGAAUCCUUUUGGAGAGCCGAAAGCUGUAGGAAAGUAACAGUUAUCACGGGUUUUGUGCAUUUCCAUGGAGUUUUUUGGGGGCGUUUCGAAAGAGAAAUUUAGAAUUUUUGAAAAGAAUUUGGAAAAAAUAGAAGGCUGGUUGAAAAUUUGAUUGAAUUGCAGCAAUUCGUCGAAAAACACGUGGAACGUGGAUGGAUUACCUCAGUUUCACCUCUCAACAAAAAUGCAGCCAUUUUGGUGAGUGAUUACUUCUGAAUUUCUAUCGAGAGAAAUGUGUUUAGAGUCUUCUGAAAUAUCCAAUUUUAAACUAAUAAAAUUUAAAGUUUUCUUGAUUCUCUUUAUGAAAAUCUUGAAAACUUUGGAUUUUAUUACUUUAAAUUUGGAAUUUCAGUGGAGAUGCGGAAGCUAUGCCCAAAUUUUGAAUUUUUAUUCAAAAACGUAUUUUUUUCUAUAGAAAAUUCAAUUUUUUGUUCCAGAUUGGCAAUCUGCAAAUUUGCUCCAUCAACAAAUCUUCUCGAUAAUUACGGUAAGUAUUUAUAUAACAAUAAAAGAGAACUUCUGAAAUAUCCAAUUUUAAACUAAUAAAAUUCAAAGUUUUCUUGAUUUUCAUUGGAAAGUCAUGAAAACUUUGGAUUUUAUUAGUUAAAAAUUGGAAUUUCAGUGGAGAUGCGGAAGCUAUGCCCAAAUUUUGAAUUUUUAUUCAAAAACGUAUUUUUUUCUUUAGAAAAUUCAAUUUUUUGUUCCAGAUUGGAUGUCAUCAAAUUUGCUCCAUCAACAAAUCUUCUCGAUAAUUACGGUAAGUAUUUAUAUAACAAUAAAAGAGAACUUCUGAAAUAUCCAAUUUUAAACUAAUAAAAUUUAAAGUUUUCUUGAUUCUCUUUAUGAAAAUCUUGAAAACUUUGGAUUUUAUUACUUUAAAAUUGGAAUUUCAGUGGAGAUGCGGAAGCUAUGCCCAAAUUUUGAAUUUUUAUUCAAAAAACUUAUUUUUUUUCUUUAGAAAAUUCAAUUUUUUGUUCCAGAUUGGAUGUCAUCAAAUUUGCUCCAUCAACAAAUCUUCUCGAUAAUUACGGUAAGUAUUUAUAUAACAAUAAAAGAGAACUUCUGAAAUAUCCAAUUUUUAACUAAUAAAAUUCAAAGUUUUCUUGAUUUUCAUUGGAAAGUCAUGAAAACUUUGGAUUUUAUUAGUUAAAAAUUGGAAUUUCAGUGGAGAUGCGGAAGCUAUGCCCAAAUUUUCAAUUUUUAUUCAAAAACUUAUUUUUUUUCUUUAGAAAAUUCAAUUUUUUGUUCCAGAUUGGAUGUCAUCAAAUUUGCUCCAUCAACAAAUCUUCUCGAUAAUUACGGUAAGUAUUUAUAUAACAAUAAAAGAGAACUUCUGAAAUAUCCAAUUUUAAACUAAUAAAAUUUAAAGUUUUCUUGAUUCUCUUUAUGAAAAUCUUGAAAACUUUGGAUUUUAUUACUUUAAAAUUGGAAUUUCAGUGGAGAUGCGGAAGCUAUGCCCAAAUUUUGAAUUUUUAUUCAAAAACUUAUUUUUUUUCUUUAGAAAAUUCAAUUUUUUGUUCCAGAUUGGAUGUCAUCAAAUUUGCUCCAUCAACAAAUCUUCUCGAUAAUUACGGUAAGUAUUUAUAUAACAAUAAAAGAGAACUUCUGAAAUAUCCAAUUUUUAACUAAUAAAAUUCAAAGUUUUCUUGAUUUUCAUUGGAAAGUCAUGAAAACUUUGGAUUUUAUUAGUUAAAAAUUGGAAUUUCAGUGGAGAUGCGGAAGCUAUGCCCAAAUUUUCAAUUUUUAUUCAAAAACUUAUUUUUUUCUUUAGAAAAUUCAAUUUUUUGUUCCAGAUUGGAUGUCAUCAAAUUUGCUCCAUCAACAAAUCUUCUCGAUAAUUACGGUAAGUAUUUAUAUAACAAUAAAAGAGAACUUCUGAAAUAUCCAAUUUUUAACUAAUAAAAUUCAAAGUUUUCUUGAUUUUCAUUGGAAAGUCAUGAAAACUUUGGAUUUUAUUAGUUAAAAAUUGGAAUUUCAGUGGAGAUGCGGAAGCUAUGCCCAAUUUUUGAAUUUUUAUUCAAAAACUUAUUUUUUUUCUUUAGAAAAUUCAAUUUUUUGUUCCAGAUUGGAUGUCAUCAAAUUUUCUCCAUCAACAAAUCUUCUCGAUAAUUACGGUAAGUAUUUAUAUAACAAUAAAAGAGAACUUCUGAAAUAUCCAAUUUUUAACUAAUAAAAUUCAAAGUUUUCUUGAUUUUCAUUGGAAAGUCAUGAAAACUUUGGAUUUUAUUAGUUAAAAAUUGGAAUUUCAGUGGAGAUGCGGAAGCUAUGCCCAAAUUUUCAAUUUUUAUUCAAAAACUUAUUUUUUUUCUUUAGAAAAUUCAAUUUUUUGUUCCAGAUUGGAUGUCAUCAAAUUUGCUCCAUCAACAAAUCUUCUCGAUAAUUACGGUAAGUAUUUAUAUAACAAUAAAAGAGAACUUCUGAAAUAUCCAAUUUUUAACUAAUAAAAUUCAAAGUUUUCUUGAUUUUCAUUGGAAAGUCAUGAAAACUUUGGAUUUUAUUAGUUAAAAAUUGGAAUUUCAGUGGAGAUGCGGAAGCUAUGCCCAAUUUUUGAAUUUUUAUUCAAAAACUUAUUUUUUUUCUUUAGAAAAUUCAAUUUUUUGUUCCAGAUUGGAUGUCAUCAAAUUUUCUCCAUCAACAAAUCUUCUCGAUAAUUACGGUAAGUAUUUAUAUAACAAUAAAAGAGAACUUCUGAAAUAUCCAAUUUUAAACUAAUAAAAUUCAAAGUUUUCUUGAUUCUCUUUAUGAAAAUCUUGAAAACUUUGGAUUUUAUUACUUUAAAAUUGGAAUUUCAGUGGAGAUGCGGAAGCUAUGCCCAAAUUUUCAAUUUUUAUUCAAAAACUUAUUUUUUUUCUUUAGAAAAUUCAAUUUUUUGUUCCAGAUUGGAUGUCAUCAAAUUUGCUCCAUCAACAAAUCUUCUCGAUAAUUACGGUAAGUAUUUAUAUAACAAUAAAAGAGAACUUCUGAAAUAUCCAAUUUUAAACUAAUAAAAUUUAAAGUUUUCUUGAUUCUCUUUAUGAAAAUCUUGAAAACUUUGGAUUUUAUUACUUUAAAAUUGGAAUUUCAGUGGAGAUGCGGAAGCUAUGCCCAAAUUUUGAAUUUUUAUUCAAAAACUUAUUUUUUUUCUUUAGAAAAUUCAAUUUUUUGUUCCAGAUUGGAUGUCAUCAAAUUUGCUCCAUCAACAAAUCUUCUCGAUAAUUACGGUAAGUAUUUAUAUAACAAUAAAAGAGAACUUCUGAAAUAUCCAAUUUUUAACUAAUAAAAUUCAAAGUUUUCUUGAUUUUCAUUGGAAAGUCAUGAAAACUUUGGAUUUUAUUAGUUAAAAAUUGGAAUUUCAGUGGAGAUGCGGAAGCUAUGCCCAAAUUUUCAAUUUUUAUUCAAAAACUUAUUUUUUUUCUUUAGAAAAUUCAAUUUUUUGUUCCAGAUUGGAUGUCAUCAAAUUUGCUCCAUCAACAAAUCUUCUCGAUAAUUACGGUAAGUAUUUAUAUAACAAUAAAAGAGAACUUCUGAAAUAUCCAAUUUUUAACUAAUAAAAUUCAAAGUUUUCUUGAUUUUCAUUGGAAAGUCAUGAAAACUUUGGAUUUUAUUAGUUAAAAAUUGGAAUUUCAGUGGAGAUGCGGAAGCUAUGCCCAAAUUUUCAAUUUUUAUUCAAAAACUUAUUUUUUUCUUUAGAAAAUUCAAUUUUUUGUUCCAGAUUGGAUGUCAUCAAAUUUGCUCCAUCAACAAAUCUUCUCGAUAAUUACGGUAAGUAUUUAUAUAACAAUAAAAGAGAACUUCUGAAAUAUCCAAUUUUAAACUAAUAAAAUUUAAAGUUUUCUUGAUUCUCUUUAUGAAAAUCUUGAAAACUUUGGAUUUUAUUACUUUAAAAUUGGAAUUUCAGUGGAGAUGCGGAAGCUAUGCCCAAAUUUUGAAUUUUUAUUCAAAAACUUAUUUUUUUCUUUAGAAAAUUCAAUUUUUUGUUCCAGAUUGGAUGUCAUCAAAUUUGCUCCAUCAACAAAUCUUCUCGAUAAUUACGGUAAGUAUUUAUAUAACAAUAAAAGAGAACUUCUGAAAUAUCCAAUUUUUAACUAAUAAAAUUCAAAGUUUUCUUGAUUUUCAUUGGAAAGUCAUGAAAACUUUGGAUUUUAUUAGUUAAAAAUUGGAAUUUCAGUGGAGAUGCGGAAGCUAUGCCCAAAUUUUCAAUUUUUAUUCAAAAACUUAUUUUUUUCUUUAGAAAAUUCAAUUUUUUGUUCCAGAUUGGAUGUCAUCAAAUUUGCUCCAUCAACAAAUCUUCUCGAUAAUUACGGUAAGUAUUUAUAUAACAAUAAAAGAGAACUUCUGAAAUAUCCAAUUUUAAACUAAUAAAAUUUAAAGUUUUCUUGAUUCUCUUUAUGAAAAUCUUGAAAACUUUGGAUUUUAUUACUUUAAAAUUGGAAUUUCAGUGGAGAUGCGGAAGCUAUGCCCAAAUUUUCAAUUUUUAUUCAAAAACUUAUUUUUUUUCUUUAGAAAAUUCAAUUUUUUGUUCCAGAUUGGAUGUCAUCAAAUUUGCUCCAUCAACAAAUCUUCUCGAUAAUUACGGUAAGUAUUUAUAUAACAAUAAAAGAGAACUUCUGAAAUAUCCAAUUUUUAACUAAUAAAAUUCAAAGUUUUCUUGAUUUUCAUUGGAAAGUCAUGAAAACUUUGGAUUUUAUUAGUUAAAAAUUGGAAUUUCAGUGGAGAUGCGGAAGCUAUGCCCAAAUUUUCAAUUUUUAUUCAAAAACUUAUUUUUUUCUUUAGAAAAUUCAAUUUUUUGUUCCAGAUUGGAUGUCAUCAAAUUUUCUCCAUCAACAAAUCUUCUCGAUAAUUACGGUAAGUAUUUAUAUAACAAUAAAAGAGAACUUCUGAAAUAUCCAAUUUUAAACUAAUAAAAUUCAAAGUUUUCUUGAUUUUCAUUGGAAAGUCAUGAAAACUUUGGAUUUUAUUAGUUAAAAAUUGGAAUUUCAGUGGAGAUGCGGAAGCUAUGCCCAAAUUUUCAAUUUUUAUUCAAAAACUUAUUUUUUUUCUUUAGAAAAUUCAAUUUUUUGUUCCAGAUUGGAUGUCAUCAAAUUUUCUCCAUCAACAAAUCUUCUCGAUAAUUACGGUAAGUAUUUAUAUAACAAUAAAAGAGAACUUCUGAAAUAUCCAAUUUUAAACUAAUAAAAUUCAAAGUUUUCUUGAUUCUCUUUAUGAAAAUCUUGAAAACUUUGGAUUUUAUUACUUUAAAAUUGGAAUUUCAGUGGAGAUGCGGAAGCUAUGCCCAAAUUUUCAAUUUUUAUUCAAAAACUUAUUUUUUUUCUUUAGAAAAUUCAAUUUUUUGUUCCAGAUUGGAUGUCAUCAAAUUUGCUCCAUCAACAAAUCUUCUCGAUAAUUACGGUAAGUAUUUAUAUAACAAUAAAAGAGAACUUCUGAAAUAUCCAAUUUUUAACUAAUAAAAUUUAAAGUUUUCUUGAUUCUCUUUAUGAAAAUCUUGAAAACUUUGGAUUUUAUUACUUUAAAAUUGGAAUUUCGGUGGAGAUGCGGAAGCUAUGCCCAAAUUUUGAAUUUUUAUUCAAAAACUUAUUUUUUUUCUUUAGAAAAUUCAAUUUUUUGUUCCAGAUUGGAUGUCAUCAAAUUUGCUCCAUCAACAAAUCUUCUCGAUAAUUACGGUAAGUAUUUAUAUAACAAUAAAAGAGAACUUCUGAAAUAUCCAAUUUUAAACUAAUAAAAUUUAAAGUUUUCUUGAUUCUCUUUAUGAAAAUCUUGAAAACUUUGGAUUUUAUUACUUUAAAAUUGGAAUUUCAGUGGAGAUGCGGAAGCUAUGCCCAAAUUUUGAAUUUUUAUUCAAAAACGUAUUUUUUUCUAUAGAAAAUUCAAUUUUUUGUUCCAGAUUGGAUGUCAUCAAAUUUGCUCCAUCAACAAAUCUUCUCGAUAAUUACGGUAAGUAUUUAUAUAACAAUAAAAGAGAACUUCUGAAAUAUCCAAUUUUAAACUAAUAAAAUUUAAAGUUUUCUUGAUUCUCUUUAUGAAAAUCUUGAAAACUUUGGAUUUUAUUACUUUAAAAUUGGAAUUUCAGUGGAGAUGCGGAAGCUAUGCCCAAAUUUUGAAUUUUUAUUCAAAAACUUAUUUUUUUUCUUUAGAAAAUUCAAUUUUUUGUUCCAGAUUGGAUGUCAUCAAAUUUUCUCCAUCAACAAAUCUUCUCGAUAAUUACGGUAAGUAUUUAUAUAACAAUAAAAGAGAACUUCUGAAAUAUCCAAUUUUUAACUAAUAAAAUUCAAAGUUUUCUUGAUUUUCAUUGGAAAAUCUUGAAAACUUUGGAUUUUAUUACUUUAAAAUUGGAAUUUCAGUGGAGAUGCGGAAGCUAUGCCCAAAUUUUGAAUUUUUAUUCAAAAACUUAUUUUUUUCUUUAGAAAAUUCAAUUUUUUGUUCCAGAUUGGAUGUCAUCAAAUUUGCUCCAUCAACAAAUCUUCUCGAUAAUUACGGUAAGUAUUUAUAUAACAAUAAAAGAGAACUUCUGAAAUAUCCAAUUUUAAACUAAUAAAAUUUAAAGUUUUCUUGAUUCUCUUUAUGAAAAUCUUGAAAACUUUGGAUUUUAUUACUUUAAAAUUGGAAUUUCAGUGGAGAUGCGGAAGCUAUGCCCAAUUUUUGAAUUUUUAUUCAAAAACUUUGAUUUUUCAGAGAGAUUUCCUGUACCACGGAUAUUUUGCAGUUCGGAACUCCACCAUUGCAUUCGAUUCUUUCACAUUCUACUGUAUUUCAAUUUUAAAAUUGUAUUAUAGUGUUUAUAUGUUCCUACUUUUUGCUUAA